AUGGAUCUGCUGAACCUGCUACCAGGGAAAGCAAGAAGGAAAACUACCUAUAAAAUAGAACAUGAAAAAUUAAGUCAAGAAGCAGGGUAUAUUAUUAUUAAACCUUCAAACGCCGAAAAUGUGUUCGCCAACGCUAUUGUUGAUAAAGUUAGAAAUAGGUUAGAGGGGACUAUAAGUUCUCCUGAUCGUCUUGAUACGUUAUCAUCAAAACUUAGCGAGACGGUAGGAAAUUUGUAUGAUGGUGAAGCUCUUGAAGAAGAUUUUGAUCCCAACAUUGAUAAUAGCUUCAAGGGUAUGGUUAAUUCCUACAAUGUUAAUUUUGAACAUAUCAAAUCAAAAGGAACUAUGGACCACAAUCGAACAAUUGAUGCAAUUCCUCUUCCAGUGAAACUAGACAAUGGUGGCAUUUUUGCUUCAGAAAGUAAUAAUCACUCCUUGCGAGAUUCCAAGACUGAUACAAUAUCCUGCAAUUCAUUAACAUCCAACCAUACUCAGCAUGCAAGGUCAAGUUCUGGGAUUCAUACUGCUCAACUUCAGGAAACUCAAAAAGUUAUUACUGAUGUGAAGUCGGCACUGUUCACCUCAUCAUCUAUAUCUUCGAACUCUAAUUUGCAGAAAGUUAAAGCAACCCGAAUAUCUGCACCAAAUUUUAAUACCAACGAAGAUAGAGGUUACACACAAACUCAAAUUAUAAAAAACAUACAAUUUGAUGAAGGAAAAUAUUCUGAGACUCAAUUGAUACCAGAAAUUACUGAUGAUGACGACUGCCGCAGUCUGCAUAAUGCACAAGGGCCGGAUUCACAAACUUUAUCUACAUUAGCUGAUACCCUGGAAAGUAAGUUAUCGGAAAAACUCCGGGCUACUGUGCCCAACCAAGUAAUAUCACAAUCAAAUAAAAAGAAGGAAGAACUUGCGAUACAUAAAUUUCAACGCGAUUUAGGAGAAGCUGAGGAUGAAAAUAACAAAGUUACUGAGCACAUUUUGCCGUCCUAUGUUGCUCUUCAGAACCACAUUUUUACUAAGGAGGCAUUUUUAGAUGACUUCGAACUCUCGGGACAAGAAGUCGAUUAUUCAUCGACGGCUACUCGAGUAAAAGAAACAGUAUCGAAUGAUAUUUCUUCUGAUGUUUCCUCUAAUACAAACGCUGUUUAUGAUAACCUCACAGAUAAUUUUGGUACUAUUACAAGGGAUGCGUAUGCUGAAGAGGCCAAGCCACCAUUACUUCCUUUACAGUCAAUGAAGAAUACUGUAGGACAGGAUAUAAUUCUUGAUAGCAGUUCAGAUGAAGAACAUGCUAGCAACCAAUUUGCAACAUCAACAAUGGUGAAAGCUGCUCUUUUAAAUAUUAAAGCAAAAAUUUCAAAAAACAUGAACCUCUCAAAAAACGCUGAACAAAGUAUAAAUUCACCUACUCUUAAACAACUAUUCAUAUCAUUAAAAAAAGCUAAUAAAAAACAGAUAUUAGAUCAUAGGAGAGAAAUUACUGAAAAGAGGGGCAUUUCGUUAGAGCAGUUGGAACAGGAGAGGGAAAAAGUUGAAGAUUUAUUGGAACAAAAGAUUAAACGAAACAGAAGAAUAAGAUUACGGGAGAAGAAGAAGGAAAAUGAACUUCGGCUUAGGUACGAAGAUAUUAAUAACUGUAGUACAGGAAGUAGUGAUGGAGAUGCGAAUUCCGAAAUCCCCGAAAGCGAUACAAGUGAGGAGAGUGAUGAUAUUGAAGUUGAUGAGACAAAUUUACUAGCAGAUGAUGACGAAUAUUCGGACAUUGAUGUAUCUGAUAUCCAGAAUUCUUGCAAUAAGAAUAUAGAAUGGACUGCUAACAAUAAAAAACAAGAAAUAGCGAAUGAGGUAACAGAAGAAGAAGAAGAAGAAGAAGAAGAAGAAGAAGAAGAAGAAGAAGAAGAUAAAAUAAUCGUUAAUCGCCAUUAUCACCACAAGUUUCGGUUAGCAGAAAAUAGAUUUCAUACAAGCAAAGCACCUAAGAAUACGAUCGAUCUUGGUGCUUAUGGAGAUAAUCUAAACCUUGGGAAUGCCGGAUUACCAAACAACGAUGAGUACCUGACUUAUAGGAUUAAGAAAUUUGAAGGGCUAUCUCCUUCAAAAUCAGCUACAACUGAACUCGAUGUCAAGUCAGAUUUGGCAGCUGAGUCAUCUAUUCUGGAGACUAUUAAGGAUGGUAAUUGGAGGCUAAAAAAAUCAGGAGAAAUUGAGACUGGUGAAGAGGAAGAACCUAAAGAAGAAGGCGAGGAGGAAAAACGUAAAAUUGUCAAAGAACUUAUGCUCAAGUUAAGGUUGCAGGAGAAAAUCAAACGACAAAAACAAAAGGAGAUGCGCAAAUUAGGUGUGAAUAAAAUGGUUGAAUUGGAAGCAGAUGAAUCUGAAGAUGAGUGGCAUGGUGUUGGUGGUGUUGACUAUGAAGCCUCUGACGAAUAUGAUUCGGAUUUAGAUAAGAUGAUCGAUGACUAUAACAAAAAUGAAUUUGAUCCUGUUGAAAUUCGUAAAAUUCUAGCAUCAGAAGAUCUUCAACAUGAUAAAAACAUGGUUAAUAAAAUCUUGCAUGAUAUUAAGACUGGUGGUUUUCGGAAGAGAGGUAGAGGUGAAUUGGAUCUUGAAUUAAGUGAAGAUGAAGAUGGCAUCCUGCAAAGCUACCGAGCUAAAAGAUGGAAUGAACAGAAGCAGAAAAUGCUAGACAGUGAACAUAAUACUUCCGUGAAGUCUAACCCCAAAUCGCUUCCUUUCUUUGAAUCUAUGGUCGAUGAAUUUACUAUCCCUGUUGAAAGAGCCUUGGGUACUCCUGAUUCUCCACCAGCCCAGUCUACAAAUGUUUUAGAAUUGAAGCAGAAUACAAAACAAAAGAUAGUAAUAUCCGAGCAUUUUGUUAAACAGACAUUGUCUUUUUUAACUAGUGAUGAAAAUAUGACCAACAUGCGAUCAGAAAUAAAUGUUGAGAAACCUAACAAUGAUAAUGACAUUUACAGUAGCGAAGUCGAAGACCUCUAUACUCUGAAGGAAACUAGUACAAUUAAGGUAUUAAACACAUAUUCUGGCAAGCCUAUUGUUAACGAAGAUGAAGAUGGUGCUGAAUUUGGAUUUAAAGCUCCUUCUGUAAUGCAGACUUUUGGUUCGAGAAAUGAUGUUAACGAUAAAUUUAAGGAUGGCUUCAAGAGCGUCAAAAUAUCCAAUAAGUAUAAAACUUUGGGUAGCUCGAGAGCAGCUAUCACAUUCUUAGGAAAGAAAAGGAAAUUAAUCAUUCCUAAACGCUCUUCAAAAUCCCCAAGGGACAGCGCACAUCGUUCAAUAAAGAAUAGAUUAAAACAUCAAGCAUUUUUGGAAAAUACUGAUACUUUUGAGGCCUAG